CUUCAUCUUUGUUACACAGCUUUCAAAAUCGGUGUUAUCGCGGCUCAUUGUAGGUAGCUUUUUAGCUUGCUACUUAAAAACUGCGCGCAGUAGCAGACAGCAGAAUGCUUCAGCUACAGCACAGCUAUAGCCUCAGCAGAGCGGCAGAUACCCUCUUCAAACUCCACACACGAACUCCUUCAAAAGCCAAUAUUAUCUAGCCUCACCUUCUAGAAACCAGAUAUCUAGUCAUGUCUGCCAUACUCGGCCCAAGCGCGAAUGUGAAUGAGUCGCCGCAACGCACGCAGGCUCAUUUUUGCCAAUGCUGUGAAUCCGUCAUCCUCUCGGACCCAAAGCGUAACCGCGUCGAACAGAAAGCUUUUGGGCCUGGGUUAAACCCGAUCUUGUCAGACAUGUGGCAUAUUGGCUCCGAGCCCAGAAGAGAGCGCAUGGCCCAGAUCUCCCAUCAUCUCAUUGUCUUGGAAGGCUCAACCUUUCUCGAAGUCAGGGCUGAUGAGGUGGCUCUUCACGCUUCCAAUGGAUGCUUGUUCUAUGCUUUUAUCUCAGAUUAUCUGUCUAGUCCACAAGAAAAGACUCAUAAGGGCUUUCUGCUCAGUUUGCAGAUGAACGAAAACCCGUGGACACCGGGAUGUAUAAGAAUUCUUCGAAGUCUCCAAUCAACAGACGAGCUGGAAGGCCAUAGACUUAGCAAAGUCCGUGAGAGAGAUUGUCGGAAUUCGGCUCAAGAUGAUUAUGGUACAAAUGAGGCAGAAGAAGUAGAAAUCAAAGAUGGGAUGGACGAUCGUGAUCAGGAAGACAAGGCGGAUGAAGACUGUGAGAACAGCCAAGACAACGAGAGCAUUUUGGACGAUAUGGGAAUCAAGGCGACUGUGGAAUACAGUGUCGAUCAGAUGAGAGAUAUCGACAAUCAAAUGCGGGUAGUUGAGUACAGCUUUGGGCUUUUUGCCGACACAGAGUCUUUUUACCAAGACAUAGCGUCCCUUCCCGAGUUAGCAGCAAUCGACAUAUCUAGUGAUACAUCACUUGGCCAAGCGCGAAAUUGGCUAGAAGACUGUGUCAAUCAACAUUCAAAACCCAUUCAAGAAUCACCUUCGCCUACUAGUCAUCCUGCACGGCUGCUCAACCUCUCCUUACGUGAUGGAUGCUGGGCCAUCCGGCUGGUUCAGAAGGAUGAGACUUGCCCAAUCAUUCAACGCUAUGCGGCUUUAUCUUACUGCUGGGGCGGUGCCCAAAAGUUGCAAACGACGUGUAAGAACUUAGAGCUGCAUAAUAUCAAGAUUGAUUUCUCGGACCUACCACCAACUAUUCGAGACGCUACUAUUGUCACAGAGAAGCUAGGACUGGAAUAUCUCUGGAUCGACGCACUUUGCAUAAUUCAGGACGAUGAAGAUGACAAAGCCCAGGAGAUAUCAAAAAUGGCAAGUAUCUACGAAGGGGCCGAGGUAACUAUCGCAGUGUCAAGGGCGAAAACGGUACACGAUGGAUUUCUCCAUAAACUGCCAACACACGGCUUGGAUAUUCCGGAAAAAGUCUUUCGAGUACAAUAUCAAGGUGAUCAAGGGAACACAACUCACAAAGUGAUGGUUCCGUUAAUUUGGCCUCGGCAAGAUUACCUUGCAGCACGAGCCUGGACAUUUCAAGAACGCUUAUGCUCGGAACGAAUGCUGACGUUCGGAUCUUGCUGUGUAAGAUGGAGUUGCCGACAUUCAGGAGAUUCAUCGGAUCGAGACCGUGUAACAUGCAUGUUCUCAGAAGACAAAUUGUCCAACUUACAGGCAAUACAAGAUUUGGAAUGGGAAGACGUUAUUAGCUCUUACACAGGCAGAUCUCUAUCAUUUGCCAAAGACCGACUCCCGGCCGUAGCUGGCAUCGCACAAAGAUUACAAAUGAAGGACUGGGGCUUGGAUUUCUAUGCGGCUGGUCUAUGGCUGUCCUCCUUUCCAUGGGGGCUUCUAUGGCGCGUGGAGUCAACGGAAGUUGUGCCACGUUCUUCAGCGUAUCUUGCACCGACAUGGUCCUGGGCAUCGAAUCUCGAAGCAGUAUCUUUUCUCUGCGAUGAAGUCGGCUUGGAGGACUUAUAUGAGCCACAAGCUGAGUUCCUUAAAAUUGAGGUUGCAGUGGAGUCAGAUGCGAACCCUUUCGGGGCUGUCGCCAAUGGAUCCAUACGAGUUCGUGGAUCUCUAUCGAAAGUCUACUGGAGCAUAGCGCGAGAAGCCGAUCUUAGUAAUUGCGUGGAGAAUGAGAUCAAACUAAGAGGUGAUGAUUUCUCUGGUGAGCUGUUCACCUCUUGGAGCUUCCGUGACGCAAAAGAGCUAGAAUUGCCAUCGGAAGAAAACGGUUACAUCCCCGCUUACCUGUUGGUACUUGUCUCUGAUGAAGAAAUUACUAAGAUAGCUGGUCUGGCACUACGUAAGCUUGACGACGGUCAGUACUCUCGGUUAGGGAUUUUCACAAGUCCAUUUUGUAGUGAUCACCCCGUCCACUAUCUCUUGGGUGGCAACUUGGAGGAGAUCACAAUAAUAUGA